GGAAUGUCUAGUCGUGCGAAGGUGAGGGGGAAGGGGUGGCCCUUAAAGUGAGCGGACCGGUCACCUGUGUGCCCUCGGAGAAAAACCAAUUCCAGAUGGCGGCUCCAUGCAUGCUUCCACCCUUUUUAACCGAUGUUCAAGCCCUAGGUGGAUAAACUCUGCUUUCGUCAAAUCGAAGGGGUUUCAUAACUCUGUGAAAAAUGGAUUCUCUGGAUCACAUGCUCACUGACCCAUUAGAAUUGGGGCCAUCUGGAGAAGGCAAUGGCAGCCAAAUCAUGGAGGAUUGUAUGCUGGGAUCCAUAAGAAUCAGCCUGCCAGAAGACCUCCUGGAAGAUCCCGAGAUCUUUUUUGAAGUCAUCAGUUUUUCAACAUGGCAGGAAGUGCUGGUGGAUUCACAACGAGAACACUUAAAAAAAUUUCUGCCCCAGUUGCCGGAGAACAACGCUGAGCACCAGAAUAACUUGAUCCUGUCUCUGUUUAGUGGAGAGAACUUCCGCUUUGGAAACCCCCUGCACAUAGAGCAGAAGCUCCUCCGAGAUCUAAGCUCCUGGAUUCCAAAUUCUCCAGCACAUUGUCCGAGUCCAGCUGUUCCCCUCAGAGUAAUCCCCACGUUAUCAACCCAAGACAUGAAAACAGCAGAUAAACUGGAAUUUGGUGAGAACGAUCUGAAGAUGAUGUUGAGGAAGCACCAUGAGAAACGCAAGCUCCAGCCUAACCACCCGGAUUUAAUGUCAGGGGACCUGACACUGAAUGACAUCAUGAUGCGUGUGAAUGCUGGCAAGAAGGGGUCCUUAGCAGCCUUGUUUGACCUUGCUGUCCUCAAAAAGAAAGUGAGGGAAAAGGAAGAGAGGAAGAAAAAGAAGCUGAAAGUGAUAAAAUCGGAAGUGGACGACUUCUCCGAGUCCUUCGGCAACCCUGAAGGGAUUCCGCCGAUGUCUCAGGACCCACCCCCUGUGCCGCUUUUAUCAGUCAAGGAAGAGCCUCUUGAAGAUAUCAAGCCUUGCCUCGGAGUAAACGAAAUCUCCUCUAGUUUCUUUUCCUUGCUUUUGGAGAUUCUGCUCCUCGAAGGACCUGCUACUCUCUCGGUGCUUGAAGAUAAAGUCAUGGACUGGCAGUCUUCCCCCGCCAGCACACUGAACAGCUGGUUCUCCUUCGCCCCCAACUGGUCCGAGCUUGUCUUGCCGGCCUUGCAGUAUCUCACAGGCGAGAGCAGAGAUACUCCUUCCAGUUUUUCUCUAUUUGUUGAAUUCAAAGAGAAGACUCAGCAGUGGAAACUAAUAGGCUCUUCUCAAGACCACGAGAAGGAGCUGGCAGCGCUCUUCCAGCUCUGGCUGGAGACCAAAGACCAAACGUUUUUCAAGCAGGAUAAUGAAGACAGCUGUGAUGCCACCACACCCAUUCCCCGAGUAAGGACUGACUACGUGGUCCGGCCUAGCACAGGGGAAGAGAAACGCAUUUUCCAGGAACAGGAGCGUUAUCGAUACAGCCAGCCUCACAAGGCCUUCACGUUCCGCAUGCACGGCUUUGAGUCGGUGGUGGGCCCCGUGAAGGGUGUGUUUGACAAAGAAACGUCUCUGAACAAAGCUCGAGAACAUUCUCUGUUGCGUUCAGACAGGCCUGCGUAUGUCACCAUCCUGUCUCUUGUUCGUGAUGCUGCAGCCCGUCUUCCUAAUGGAGAGGGAACACGUGCUGCGAUCUGUGAGCUGCUUAAGGACUCCCAGUUCCUGGCUCCUGAUGUCACCAGCGCUCAGGUGAACACUGUUGUGAGUGGUGCCUUGGAUCGACUGCACUACGAGAAGGAUCCCUGCGUAAAAUACGACAUUGGCCGCAAACUGUGGAUAUACCUGCAUCGAGACAGGAGUGAAGAGGAGUUUGAGAGGAUUCAUCAGGCCCACGCUGCUGUGGCAAAAGCAAAAAAAGCCCUCCAACAGAAAGCCAAACCUCCUGCAAAGACAAAAUCCAGCUGCAAGGAGAGUUCAGUGAAAGUGGCCGCAGGCAGCGCCCCUGAGCCGAGCCAGCUGAGCCUCAGUGAUUCCAGCAUGCCACCCACCCCAGUGACGCCCACGGCCCCUCAGUUGCCGGCAAUGCCCAUUUCACCACCCCCAGUCUCCGUGGUCAGCAAAAGUAUGCCGAAUGUUACUCCAGAGCAAGCAAAACCCAACCAAAGCAUCCUUUUGGUGUCUUCCCCCACCAUGCCGCAGCUUGGGACGUUGCUUUCCACGGCACAGAGCACCACCCCGACUCAGGCUGGGCCUCCGCAGCCACCUUCUCGGGCAGCCAGCCACACCGUCUCCUCUGGACUCCCCCAGGUCCGAGUGGUCACGGCACAGGCCAGCCUUCCGGCUGUGUCCCAGCCAGCCCCAACGAUAGCGCAGCCACAGCAGCAGCCGCCGCCACUGCCACCGACAUCUGUACCGCAGAUCCGCAUCCCUGCCACUUCUGCACAAACCAAAGUCCUGCCCCAGGCUGUUAUGACUGUCCCAGUGAAAGCCCAGACCAGCCCGGUCCAGGUGCAGCGGCCAGCCGUUUCAGUCACAGGGCCAGCCACUGUUGCUGGGACAGGAAUCUCUGCAGCACCCAGUCCUGCCCCAAAGCCAACCACUAGUUCUCCAGGCAGCUCUACGCCCAACUCCUCCGCUGCUUCCUCCUCUUCCUCCUCCUCGCCAUCCACCGCUGUCAUCCAGAACGUCGGUGGCCAAAAUAUCAUCAAACAGGUGGCUAUUACUGGACAGCUCGGCAUGAAGAACCAGCCCGGGAGCAGCAUCCCGCUGGCUGCCUCCAACUUCCGCAUCCAAGGCAAGGAUGUGCUGCGCCUGCCUCCCUCCUCCAUCACUACUGACGCCAAGGGGCAAACGGUUCUGCGCAUCACUCCAGACAUGAUGGCUACCUUGGCCAAGUCCCAGGUCACGACAGUCAAACUGACUCAAGACCUCUUCUCCGCUGCUGCCGGGAGCGCGUCAGCCGGGAAAGGCAUCUCGGCGACUCUGCACGUGACGUCCAGCCCCAUCCAGUCUUCCGAUUCGCCGGCCAAGACCAGUGCGCCCAGCUCCGCUUCGCCAAGCCCGGCAGGGCCCACGGUGGUCAAAGUGACUCCUGACUUAAAGACUGCCGAGUCUACCGGCUCAGCAUUCAGACUGAUGCCUGCUCUGGGCAUGACCGUGGCAGACCAAAAGGGCAAAGCCAUUACCACCGUGGCAUCCACAGAAGCCAAGCCAGCUGCUACGAUAAGAAUUGUGCAGGGAAUGGGAGUCAUGCCCCCCAAGACUGGGCAGACCAUUACUGUCGCCACUCACGCCAAGCAGAUGCCCUCUUCGACCGUAGUGAGCAUGCCGGGCACUGUCCAUACCUCAGCUGUUUCUUUGCCGACCAUGACAGCUUCCGUGUCAAAGGCAGUUGCUGUCGUGUCGGGAGGAGCCGGGACACCCAUAACGAUAGGGACGGGGGCCACCACUAUGCGGCAAGUCCCGGUCAGCACCACCGUCGUCUCCACCUGCCAAGCAGGGAAGCUGCCUGCCCGAAUCACGGUGCCUCUCUCAGUCAUAAGCCAGCCUGUGAAAGGCAAGAGUGUGGUGACCACCCCCAUUAUCAAGGGCAACCUUGGAGCCAACAUCAGCGGACUGGGUAGAAACAUCAUCCUCACCACGAUGCCAGCUGGGACAAAAUUGAUUGCUGGGAACAAGCCCGUGAGCUUCCUCACUGCUCAGCAGCUGCAACAGUUGCAGCAGCAGGGCCAGGCGACACAGGUGCGAAUUCAGACUGUCCCUGCUUCCCAUCUCCAGCAGGGCACUGUGUCUGGCUCUACCAAAACGGUCUCCACGGUGGUUGUGACUGCGGCACCGUCUCCCAAACAGGCACAAGAUCCACAGUAAAUUCGGCUACGGAAGAUAACUUUUUUCAAAGUUGCGCUAGUCGUCUUUUCUCACUUCUGCUCAUCUUGGGUUAGAGUUGGUACCUGGAAUAUUGGAAUCUCUCAUGAAGAAUGUUUGCCAUUAGAUUGGCCAGAAAGUGAAACACAAACCCUCAUACAAGCACCGGAGGGUGCUGUGUUUAACGACGUAAUGUCUUCAUGUUGAGAUGCAGGUCUGGCAGUACAGUUAGGUUAGGGUUUCCCCCCUUUUUUGGGCUUUCCUCCUAAAUGGCCUUUCUGUUCUUGGCAUGCUGCAGACGCUUGGAAGGAAGUUUGGGUUUCAGCAGAGUUUUCUGAAUACAGCAAGAGAAACCGUGGAGGUCAUGGAAUGAAUUGUGCAAGAUUUUAUCCUUUCUACCGCUAUUCUGGUGCCCAUUCAGAUAGUGGAUUUUUAAUAGUUAAAUCAUAAGCAUUUGUUUAUGUCUCUAUUUUAUCAUUUUAGUUGCUUUUAACAAAGGCGUUUUUCUUACUGACUGUCCUUUCUUUGUCUGCACUGAUGUCUACCAGUCUGCUUUAUCCUCAUCAGAUUUUGCACAUUGUGAUACACAGAAGACCUUCUGUGAAAUGCUUCCCUGAAGGAAAAGCUGAGAGAGAUGUUUUGGGAAGGCGAGGCAAAGCCAAAAGCACACAGCCUCUCUAGGAGGUCCUUCGCAGCAGCAUCUUUGAAAUUCAAAGGAAGAGAAGCUUUCUUGUGUGCUCUAGGCUCAGUGCUUUCCCACCAGCCCAUUUUAACUAAUGUUCGUCAUAACUUGAUUUUACUUCCCCCAGUUUUUUUGGGUAAACCAGAAGAGAUCUUCUGUCAUUGGUGCCCUUACCCAGAACGUGUUCUCUGUACAUUUAAGGCAGACGUGAAGAGAGACAUCUAGUACAGAAACAGAUGGGUUUGCACCCCUGCUUAAGUUUGGUUUAGGGCUGCAGGAAAAAAAAAAUGUGUCCGUACUCUGAAGUCAAAUAUUUAUUACCUGUUACUAGCCUUGGUUUAUUCAUUUGUAAAAUGGUUUAUUUGAUAUUGUCUCCUCGUUUUUUUUUAAUACCCAGUUUCUCUUUCAGGCAGCCUUGGAAUAU